GGAGCAUCACUCCUCGACCAAUUCGUUAUCGAACAGUCCGACGACCUCAACGAGUAAGAAGGCCGCCGAUGGUGGUAGCGUUUUGGACUACGCGGUACCCUCAAACGGGUUCCGAACAUUAUCGCGAGCGGAAGUCCUUGAAGGUUAAGGCAAUAAGUCAAACAGCAACAGUUACAUUUCUUCAAUGGAUUUAUAAUAUCAUCUGGACCACGAUCAUUGUUCAUUCUUGAGGAUGGCGUUUAGAGAUCUCUUGACAGCAUCAAAAAUUUAUCAUCGUUGUUUCUUGUUCGUGGUCUCUACAUCUUUUAUUGCGUGAUCCGUGAGGAUCAACUCGGUGCACAGGCAUAGGCAUACGAAUCGCCGAUAUGAAUGAUAUUUGUUAUGACGACUACUUCUGUGAGAGAAUGAGGACGCAGGUGUGACCCAGAUGAAGAACACCGUCUAAGAACGCGAACGCGAGAGGCGAAGCCACAGUCCUUCCAGCUUAGCUGCGGUGGGGGCACUCGCGCCUGGAAGUUUUCGACAAAAGCGGGUACGAAUAUGCCGCAAAGAUCCUUUUCUUGGACGGCUCUUUCGAAGGUCAGAUUCGCGCUCCUACGGCGAGCUCUUUCACGAGUGUCAAGAACAAAACCGUCGUUCCUUGGGGGAGCAGGUAUUCGUACUGUUUCGUUUCCGUUUGAUUUGAUACAAGUUCACAAGUUCGUGUCUGCCUCGUGCACUCUUCACCAUCUCGAUCAUCUGCCUUCCCACUCCGAGUCUAGGACGCCUAGAAAGAGAAAGUGUACUAAUCGAAUUUCGUCGUCAAUCAGGUAUUGGAAAGGACGCAAUUUUUGGCGAAGCCUUCAGUGUCCAUGAAGCUCACGCCGAGAAAUAUGGCUAUUGUACGAGUUGAUGGCACGUCGCAGAAAAAGCAACAGGUACCGAAACGAGCUCUGCAACGAAUGACGAGCGCACCUGCUAGCGCUGCUCGUAUCGCGUCCUCAUCCGUCAAUUUGACCGCCACCCCGACUGUCAGCAUCAUUU